AUGCGCACCCACCCUGCCCCGCUCCCUAAUUAAAGGCUUUGGAGCAGGGCCGCCCGCAGCUCUGGGCACACACUCUGGGUCGCUGCUCGGCAGGAGCAGAUCGGGGUACGUCGUGGGUAGUGGGGGGGUCCCGGGCGGGCGGGCAGCCCCCCGCGCGGCAGCGAUGAGCGGCUCCUUCGACAAGAAGCUCUCCAGCAUCCUCACCGACCUGUCGGGCUCGCUCAGCUGCCAUGCCUCCUCCAAGGACUCCCCGACGCUGCCCGAGUCCUCCGUCACCGACCUGGGCUACUACAGCGGCCAGCACGACUACUACCCGGGCCAGUCCUACGGGCAGCCCGUCGCCCAUUACCCCUACCCCCAAUUCAACCUCAACGCCAUCGGCGCCGGCGGCACCUACUCGCCCAAAUCCGACUAUUCCUACAGCCCGUCCUACCGCCAGUACGGCCACUUCAGGGACCAGCAGCUCCCGGCGCAGGAUGCGGUGUCGGUGAAGGAGGAGCCGGAGCCCGAGGUGCGGAUGGUCAACGGGAAACCCAAGAAGAUCCGCAAACCCCGCACCAUCUACUCCAGUUACCAACUGGCCGCCCUGCAGCGCCGCUUCCAGAAAGCCCAGUACCUGGCGCUGCCCGAGCGCGCCGAGCUGGCGGCCCAGCUGGGGCUCACCCAGACCCAGGUGAAGAUCUGGUUCCAGAACCGCCGCUCCAAGUUCAAGAAGCUCUACAAGAACGGCGAGGUGCCGCUGGAGCACAGCCCCAACAACAGCGACUCCAUGGCUUGCAACUCCCCGCCAUCUCCCGCCGUCUGGGACAGUGCCACGCACGGCAGCGCGCCGGGCCGGACCCCGCUCCCGCAGCCGCUGCCCUACAGCCCCUCGCCCGCUUUCCUGGAGGAGCACAGCCCCUGGUACCACCCGCAGAGCCUCGCCGCCCCCCACGCCCCCCACCAGCCGCCCACCGCCAUGCACCACACCUCGCCGGGGCCGCCCCCCAACCCGGGCGCCGUCUACUAACCGUGGGGACAGAGACAGUGCAGAACUCCUGCUCCUCCCUUUCUUCCCCCCCCGCCCCCCCGCUCCCCCAGUUAUUAUUAUUAUUUUUUAAAGUGUUCCAGGAUACUCGUGUACACACACCCCUAUCUAUCCACUUCUAUAUCCCCUCCUCUCCCAGCUCAUCUCAGGAACAACAGGACUGCAAAGGGUUAAACUCGUGAGCUCUGCGCCCAGGGGACACUGACACCCCCCAACAACUGCAUGUCCCCCCUGCCCCACCGGCUGUGUCCCCACAGGAGAGACAUUUGGGCGACCGUCACCCCAUGUUGGGGUCCCCAUGGAGCCCGUGGGACGCCGCGUGGGAUGGAGACACGGGGACCAAAGCCAGGAGCAGGGUGCCAUCCCCACCCGGAGCAGGGGACACCCCUCACCCUCGUGGCACCCAAAAUCCAGCGCCAUGCAGGGACCAAGAGCGGUCUGCAAACUGUGGGUACUCCAUGGGGUGUGGGUUCUCCGUGGGGUGUGGGUGCCCCAUAGGGCUGUGAGUGUUCCGUGGGGCCAUGGCCUCUCCAUGGGGCUUUGGGUGCUCCAUGGGGCCAUGGCUUCUCCAUGGGGCUGUGGGUUCUCCAUGGGUUCUCCAUGGUGCAAUGGGUUCUUCAUGAAGCUGUAGGUGCUCCGUGGGACCAUGGGUGCUCCAUGGCUUCUCCAUGAGUUCUCCAUGGGGCUGUGGGUUCUCCAUGGGUUCUCCAUGGGGCUGUGGGUGCUCCA